GCCAGAAGCUGUGGACCUGGCCAGCAUAAUGCAGACUCCAUUGGCCAUUCCUGUGCCUGUGCUCCGGCUUCCCCGGGGCCCCGACGGCUUGAGUCGUGGCUUUGCCCCUGAUGGAUGCAGGGCCCCUCUGAAGCGCGUAGCUACUGAAAUCCAAGAGUGUCCCAUCCUUCAAGAAUCUCCAGAAUCCCAGGAACAGCGGGCCCGAGCUGCCCUUCGGGAGCGCUACCUCCGCAGCCUGCUGGCCAUGGUGGGUCGCCAGGUGAGCUUCACACUGCACGAGGGUGUGCAUGUGACUGCCCACUUUGGAGCCACUGACCUGGAUGUGGCCAACUUCUACGUGUCGCAGCUGCAGACUCCCAUAGGUGUGCAGGCUGAGGCACUGCUUCCAUGUAGUGACAUUAUUUCAUACACCUUCAAGCUGUGAAGACAAUAUUGUGGUCACCCUUCUGCUGUGGGCUUAGCCACAGUAUCCCAUGCCUCCAAGUGUUCCUGAGCCAGGCACUGUGGACCCCACAGAGUUCUGAGCUCCCUGGGAAUUUUGAACCAAGCACCUCUGGAUUUUUGAGGCCUCCAGGGUCUAGUUGUAAAAGUCUGCAACCCUAGGAAUUCCAGAUCUCGUUGAAAGGAAUGCUCUACCUUGCAGAACUCUGGACUCUACAGAAAUAUGGGCCAGUGCCAGUUCCUGAAGACCCGGGUGGGAGGGUGGGGGCUGGAGAAAGAUGAACUGCAUUGGAGAGGUUGCAGAAUUCAACCACCCUGAAGAUAACGCCCCAAAGCUCCCCUCCUGCCAAAUAACCAAUUAUCCCAGGGGAAA